CUCUCUCUCACACACACACACACACACUGACACACACUCCCUCUCUCAGCCCUGUGAGAAGCAGCAGCAGCAGCCUCUCCUCAGAGAUGGGCAGCUGGUAGAAGUGUAGCAGCCUCGUCGCUCCUCCGGUGGAUGUUGGAUGUACCAUGAGGUCUCCGCGGCUCUGGGCGGCUCUGUGCCUCCUCCUCACCGCCUCCUGCCGGCUCUGCGCGGCCGCCCGACACGGUUGUUUGUUUGAGAAGAAGCUCUGUCCCAGAGAUCAGCUGUGUAACGAUGAUGGUCUGUUCGGACAGUGCCGGGCUCGUCACCAGGACCCCGUCCAGUACCAGGUGUCUGUCCCCGUCCUGCACAGGAUGCAGGAGGUCCUCAAAGACCUGAUGGUGCAAGGUCUGACCUGGAAGGACGAAGUCACCCAGGCGAUCAUCAGCAGAGAGCUGAGUGGCGUUCCCACAGUCGGCUCCGCCUCCAGACUUUACGACAAGUCCCCAAAACAGUUGGCCAGACUGUCGGGCCCCAGAGAGCUGAGGGUCCCAGGCCCCAGAGUGCAGAGGGUCCCGAGGCCCGAGGACCCGGCUGACCCUGACAUGAUGCAGCAGUACGUUGACUACAUGAUCCUGGACCCAGGAUCCAGAUCCUCUGUCCACAUGCAGACGCCCCUGCUGGACCCCUACACCUACCACCAGCAGCAGUACGGCCUCCAGGAGGAGGAGGAGCGCUCCCUAAACUCUCUGGACAACAAUCCGGCCUUCCCGAUCCUCUCCUCCCCCUCAAGAUCCAGAUCCCGAGGAAACCCGGUGGAUCGAGACCGGCAGAUUCUCCAGGACCUGAUGUCCUAUUACCUCACCUCCCCUUCUUCUUCCUCCUCUUCCUCCCCCGUGCAGUCGCUCUCCAGCCACAGAGCUGCAGGAUUUCCCUCGUCAUCCUCCUCCUCCUUCUUCCCAGACCUGGACUUCCCGCUGGACUAUGGAGAGGACUAUGUUUCCCAGGUGGCUCAGCUCCGCAAGCAGCCGCAGCAGCAGCAGCAGGAGCAGGAGCAGGAGCAACAGCAGGAGCAGCAGGAGCAGCAGGAGCAACAGGAGGAGCAAGAGGAGAAGAAGGCGCAGGAGGAAUACAACGCCCUGUCAGGACUGGAUGAGCGCUCUCUGCAGCGGCUCGCUCUGCUGCUCGAUCACUACGGCCUCAACAUGAAGGACCUGUCCCCGGAGCAGAGAGACAACCUGCCAGCCGCUCUGAAGCAGCUGCAGCUGGAGAGCUCCUUCACUCAGAAACAAAGCAAAGAUAAAUAUGGGAAAAAUUCUGCCACAGGAAAGAAGGUCACAGAGGGGUCAAUGGAGUACAAGACAGCUGCCAAAGAGGCUCCGCCCUCCACCAACAAGCCCCCCAAGCUAGAUGGAGCCCAGAAAGAUCUGAGUCCCGCUGACACCAACAAGGAACCAGCCGCAGGAGAAGAGCGGUAUGGUUACAUCGUCACCAACCAGAGCCCCCUCAGUCUGAACGACGGGGUGCGUCUGUUGGAGCUGCUGUCAGAGAGGAUCGGCCUCUCCGCCGGCUACUUCAAAAACAUCAGCGUUGUUGGACCUUCGAUCAGCUUCAGGAUCAGACCCAAUGGCAAGAACCUGACGGCCGGAGACGUUGCUGAACACGCCGUUGCAGAGAAGAACUUCCUGCAGUCUGAGACAGGCCUGAAGGUUCUACAGGGAGGAGCUGGACAGAGGAGUGAUGGUGUGAAGGCGUUGCCUCUGGCAAGCCGCCUCCCUCCAGCCGGCUCCCGCUGGGUGUUUGCCACGCUGGUUGCCAUGGCGUGCAUCGGCAGCAUCCUGGUGGCGGCCAUGACCAUCGCCUGCCUGCGGCACCACGCCCACCGUCUGGCAGCCAAGAAGCUGGGCCUGGGACCAGAGGGGGGCAGCUUCACACACCAGGAGUACCAGGACCUGUGUCGCCAGCACAUGGCCUCCAAAGGCGCCUUCGGACGCCUGGAAGCUGCUGCCCUCGGCGCCGUGGGAGGAGCGAGCGGAGGAGGAGGAGGAGGAGGAAGUGGAGGAGGUGUCGCUGGUGCAGGUGUAGGAGCGGGAGCAGCAGCAGGAGGAGUAGGAGGAGGAGGUGCUGACUCCAGGGUAAGCAGCGUGUCGUCCCAGUUCAGCGAUGGGGCCCAGCCCAGCCCGAGCUCCCACAGCAGCACGCCGUCCUGGUGCGAGGAGCCCGCCCAGGCCAACAUGGACAUCUCCACAGGUCACAUGAUCCUGGCGUACAUGGAGGACCACCUGAGGAACAAGGAUCGUCUGAUGAAGGAGUGGGAGGCUCUGUGUUCGUACCAGGCCGAGCCCAGCGCCGUCUCCGUGGCUCAGAGCGACGCCAACGCCAAGAAGAACCGCUGCCCAGACUCUGUCCCCUAUGACCACUCGAGGGUGAGGCUGAGAGCAGAGAUUAACCCUUCACGCUCUGACUAUAUCAACGCCAGCACCAUCAUUGAACAUGACCCCCGGAUGCCAGCCUACAUCGCCACCCAAGGGCCCCUAUCACACACCAUCUCUGACUUCUGGCAGAUGGUGUGGGAGAACGGCUGCACGGUGAUUGUGAUGAUGACGGCGCUGGUGGAGGACGGAGAGAAACAGUGUGACCGCUACUGGCCUGAUGAGGGCUCGUCCCUCUACCACAUCUAUGAGGUGAACUUGGUGUCGGAGCACAUCUGGUGUAAUGACUUCCUGGUGCGGAGCUUCUACCUGAAAAACGUCCAAACCCAGGAGACGAGGACGCUCACACAGUUCCACUUCCUCAGCUGGCCGGCUCAGGGCAUCCCCACCUCCACACGCCCGCUGCUCGACUUCCGCAGGAAAGUGAAUAAGUGCUACCGAGGACGCUCCUGCCCCAUCAUCGUGCACUGCAGUGAUGGGACAGGCCGGACUGGGACUUAUAUUCUGAUCGACAUGGUUCUAAAUCGCAUGGCUAAAGGUGUGAAAGAGAUCGACAUCGCUGCGACUCUGGAGCACGUAAGGGACCAGAGACCUGGGAUGGUCCGCACCAAGGACCAGUUUGAAUUUGCCCUGACCGCCGUUGCUGAGGAGGUCAACGCCAUCCUCAAAGCUCUGCCCCAGUGAGACCGGCCUCCCCGCCCCCCGACUGCUGUCUGACCUUCUGCCUUUUCUCUCUGUGAUGAUGAUAAUGAUGCUGAUGAUGAUGAAGAGUGGCACUGUGGGUUAUUCUCUGAAACAUGAAAAAUAAAUUACUGUUUAAGGUCAGGGAGGAUUUACAGAUUUUAAAGUGUUUGUGGCACAUGUGAUGCGUUCAGGGAUGUUCAGAGGGUAAAAAGUGUUUAAAAGAAAAGAGAAUUAAACCAGGAAGAUAUUUAUAAAAAACAACUGCAUGUCCCAUCAGGCUUUAAAAAACCCUCUGGAGUUCUGGCUCGUUUUAGCUCAUAUUUUAUAUUGAUUUUAGUUUUAAAACUAAAAUGAAUGUUAUUUUUUCUUCAGUACAAGUCUGUAUAAGGCUGCUAGGAACCCACAUUACAGAAAAAAGACACAGUUAUCUAUAGAAUAGUCACUCAGAUCAUUGCUAAAGAACUCAUCCAGGUUGUAGAAAAUGAUUAUUCCAAAAUCAGACAUACACAAAGAGGCAGAAAAAUGUAAGAAAUUAAACAAAAAUACAGUUUAUUUACUUGCAAAGCUUUUUUAUCUCGACCUCCAGAGGGUUUUUUAAAGAGUUUUUCUAAAUGCAAAUUGAAGAACCCUGAAUGCAUUUUGCAGAAGCCUGUGACUGCAUGUGAAUGAGCCACACACUAUUUAAACAUCAGAAAUUCCCCCUUUAAGCCAGAUUGAAACAAAAACCUAAUUUUUCCUCUUCUGUGUGGUUAAAGUUUGCUGCUGUCGGUUCUGGUUUCAGUCAGGAAACUGAUGAAGAACAAGAUGAAUUGUGGCUGUUUCUUCCCCUCCUCUCCUCACAACAAUCCAGCGUCCUUCUCUCUUUCUCUGUGUGCCAUUCUCAGUUUAACUCACUGGAUAUAUUGUCGUAUACCUCAUGCAAGUCAGAAAAAUACAUAAAAAAAAGAAAAGAAAAAACAAGAAAAGCUAUUUUGUAUCUGUGAGAUAAAUCAAAUAAAUCUUUUUGUGUUUAAGUCCUGCAA